AUGAAUAAUCCAGGAAUGACGUCUGCUACUCCAGGUGUGCCGCAGGUGCCGCUGCUCGAUGACGACACCAUCGCCUUCGGUGAAGAAGACAAUGCUAACAAACAUUUUGUGCAUCCCUACAUAGUGUUCUUCCACCUAGUGUUCCGGUGCUCAGCAAUUGUAGUGUACAUGCUGUGUGGUUGGUUCUCAGACUCCUUCAUAGCUAGCUUUGUGCUUGUCACAUUGCUACUAUCUGCUGACUUUUGGACUGUCAAAAACAUCAGUGGUCGGCUGUUAGUUGGUCUGCGAUGGUGGAAUUAUGUAGAUGAUGAUGGCAAGUCACACUGGGUGUUCGAGGCGAAACAGGUAAAUAAUCGUGUAAACCAGAACGAAAGUCGUCUAUUCUGGAUGGGACUAGUGAUGUGUCCGCUUGUCUGGUCCACUUUCUUCAUAUUCUGUCUCUUCGGUCUCAAAUUCAAAUGGAUGCUGCUGGUUCUGAUCGCGUUGACAUUGAACGGAGCGAACCUGUACGGCUACAUCAAGUGCAAGUUCGGCGCCAAGGAGAACCUCAAGUCGGCCACCACGGAGUUCGUGAAGCGCCAGCUGUUCCAGAACGCCUCCACCUUCAUGUUCACGCAGCCCGCGCCCCCCACCACGGCCAACACGGGCGUCGUCUAA